CUCCCUCCCCCUCGCUGGUUGCAACAUCAUAUCCAAAGCUCUGCGUCCACAACCGCAGUCGCUUUUUACGCACCAGAAGACGCGCAGGAGAACCCGCUCCCCUUCUGCUCGCGUUUCCCCCUUCAACGUUUUGGACUUAAACCUCAUUCCACGUCUCUCACCUCGGACUGGACUAUAAUAACCUGUACGCAGGAGAAAACAAAAAAGAAAGAGAAAGAAAGAAAAAGUAGUGCGCAACGAAGAGAUGAGAUUUGUAGCCUGAGAAGACGCAUUGCUAGAUGCCACUUUAGAGUGAAGACGUGCAAGGCAUGGAGUCCAGGAUUCCCCACCACAUCCCCGGAGUAUCAUCCUCCCUCAUAUCCCAGCCCCUGCUGGACAGUCAUGUGCCGUACGACCGCCUGCAGCACCCCCUCACUAUCUACCCCAUUGACCAGAUAAAGUCCUCACAUGUGGAGAACGACUACAUAGACAGUCCUGCUGUUGUCUCCCAGCAGCCUCCGAGCCAGAAGACUGCAAAUCACAGGAGAAUCACGUGGCUUGGUCAGAAUCAGGAGACCUUCCCAGGGGCAAACCACAACCAUCACCCAUAAUCAUCAGCACCAGCACCACCAGACACCACCACCCACCCUUGGAUUUCAUUCAGCGGGAGGCCAAGCUCUAUUAGCAGCAGCAGCAGCACCUCUUCUGACCAGAGGCUGCUGGAACAUGCUGCCCCCACCCCAACAGUGGACCCUGCUUCUUCCUGCUCGUCCUCUUCUAAAUCGCUUGACCUCAAAUCUGCAAAGGUGACUACAGGCCAGCAGGGAUUGUCACUGAUUCCUUCUUCCCCAGCUGAGAAGAAGCACCUCCUUCUUUGCGAGCAUUGUGGGAAGUGUCGAUGCACAGAGUGUACGCUCCCCCGAACCCUACCCUUGUGGGUCUGCAACCAGGAGUGCCUGUGCUCGGCUCAGAGCCUGGUGGAUACAGCCACCUGCAUGUGUCUGGUCAAAGUCUUUUACCAUUGCACCGAGGAUGAGGACGAUGAGGGAUCCUGUGCAGAGCCUUGCUCAUGCUCCCAGGCCAAUUGCUGUGCCCGCUGGUCAUUUAUGGCUGCCCUUUCUGUUGUCCUGCCCUGCCUGGUCUGCUACCUGCCAGCUAUGGGUCUUGCCAAACUGGGACAAAAGUGUUACGAUAUUAGCAGGCCCGGCUGCCGCUGCAAGCACUUGCAGGGGUGUGUGGCUGCCCCUGGUUAUAAAAGCGGAGGUGUGGAAGCAAAGGUUGGGACACUUGAAAAGCAGAUGCAGGGGUCAUGAUACUGGACCAAGCUGGUUGUGGUCUUGAUGAGAAAUGGAGAUGACUGUGCAGGACUUGCUUGCUUUCUAUGGAUCGGACAAUCUAAAACCAACCCCUUAAUUUACCCCAUUAAUCUGCUGAAAGAUGACUUAUGUAAAACGAAGGUACUUAAAUGUUGGAAAAGGUGAAUGAUCAGAGUGGGCCUGAGUAAUAACUUGGUUGUUUUGUUUUUUAAAAUAAGAGUAACACACAAAGAAGAGACUAGAUCAUGGGACUGGUGUUUGUGUUGUAUUUUAAAAUGGCUGAAGGCACAAAGUCAUUGUACCUCUCUGCUGCUCUGUAUUCUCAGCUAAUUUUGUAAUGGUUUGUAACUAACCAGAACCUGGUUGCUGAUCCUUUGAUUAUAGAAGGUAUAAGAUGGAGAGAGAAAUCCAAACCCCCCCUGAAAGCACAGCCCAGUGCCCUGCCUUUGGCAAACAACAUGACAAACGCGAUUAUCUAUACAGAAGCUUCGGAGAGGAGACCGCAAGGAAGCUCCAUGUACUCUAUUCGCCCAUCAUCUAGUGUCACCAUUUUUAUAGCUUGAAGAUGCUAGCUUGGUAUUGCUAAUAUUUUAUCUCCAGUUUUGCCUCCAUUGAGAUCUGUUAAAAAAAAAAAUCUUUUGAAACACCUUAUUGCCCAUAAUUCUUACAGUACUGUUUGUACACAGUUGUACUGCAAGUGAUCGAGAGAUAAUCACUUCAAAAUAUGUUUCCUAUUUUAGGGGGUGAAACCAAGAUGUUUUAAACAUUUAUGAUUGUUUAACAUUCACUGGUCACCUCAGAGGUAGUAAUGCAUGCCACGACCUGCAUGCUCUAGUCUAAUGGUCAAACACAAUGCUAGAAGUCAAUGUGUUGUAGACAAACGAUGUAUAAAAAUGUACACCCAACCUUCUCAGGGACUGUUACAGUAAUCCUCUAUAGAACUUGGCCGACAGCAUGUUGAGUUUAAAACUGCCUAAGAGCCUGGUCUACUUCCUCUUUGCACAAUAAUGCAAAGAACUUUUAGGGACAAAAAGGCAAUAGUGAAUAAUUUAAGACUUGUAAGCUAAUAAGUAAGAGACAAAAUGGCCAAAUAAUAUUGUUUCUAGAAGAGAAGGGAUGCAAGCGAUGUGAGUGAAGAGGAGCGAAAGAGGCAUAGCUGUGUUGCUGCGUGUGUAUCUAGUCAGCCUUACGCUGCGUUUACAUAUUAGCAUUCAUGGGAAACAGGAAGUUCCAUUCACCUUAGUUCAAAAGGAGCCAGCAAACGUAGCUAGCUUACUUAAGCUAGUUCCAGUCCCACAAAACAUGGUUAAAUGGGAAACAUUGAAAUUGUAUGUUACAUUUAACUGCAUAUUCCAUUUCCUAUUUAAAACAACCACACUGUGUAGAUCCAGUUGACCUAACAAGAUUGAGUAAAUAUAGCAUUUCCUUUGUUAGCAUGAACUUGAUGAUCUUCCUUCAGCUGCUGACAGUGGAACUUUUCUUCUUUUGUUAAUUCAAACCAGACCAUUUCUUGUAAAAUGGAUGUGAAAUACCUUGUAGCUUGUGUACUGUCACAAGUGAAGAUGCUUGGAGUUAGCACCUAGCUAAAUGCUCCAGCGAACACAUUUGCUAUUAUUAGUUGAUGCAUGCUAAGAGGUGUUUUAGCUCAGCAUGCUAUCAGUAUGUACUGUUAGUAUGGGGAUGUGCCAUCGUAGCCACUGAUUGGUCAUAAAAGCAUUGACAGCCUGCGGUUUCCAAUUGCCAAUAUGUAAACGCAGCUUUAGUCAAACUCGAACCUGCCACUUGCACAACCUUUUAAAAAAAAAAGACGUAAACCUCUAAAUGGAUGUACGAAAGCACAGUAUUACCACCUCAGCUUUUUUCACAUUACAUUGGCAUGCACUCGAGUUUCAACCCAGCCACCCUAAUGCACGUAUACAAGUGUCUUCGGGAAAUCAUGCUGCAUAGCUAAGCUAAGUCAGGCUAACUUUUCCUCUUAAUGUCUAUUUUUGUGGCCUGCAUGUCAUUUGUAGGACUUUGCCAAAGGAGUUUGGCAUGUGCCGUUUCCUGAGUGAUCAGUUUUUAUGGAUUCCUGCCAAACCGAGUUGAUAGGAGUUGGUUCUUAAUACAUACCCUUGAAUACAGUUGGCUGAGUCUUUGUUGCUCCAACAUACGCACCUUUAUUCCGUCAGGGUGUCUAGCUAACUCAUAUACAUAUUUGUGUUGUUACACAAAGCUGCUAUCACCCAGAUAAAAAAAAAAUAAAAAAGAGAAGAAGAACAACAAAAAAAUACAAAGCCACUGUCCUUGGUCUUGAAUGUAUGAGGCAAUAUUUUCAAAACCUAGCAAUUCACUUGGAGAGAAAGGUGCCAAAAUUCAGAUUGAUUGUGCAACUGGGCAAAGGCCUAGUGCGGAGCAGAAAUCACCAAUAGAUUUAGAAAUAGAGCUAUGCAGGUGAAAUGUUAUUUGCUGUAAAUAGUCUCAUGACAUUUGUGUUCUUUAGAAGAGACUUUUAAAUGUCCUUGAAAGAUUGCAUGGUACAUUAUAACGACAAUUCAGUACAAAA